AUGAAGAGUUUCCGAAGUAAAGCAUCGCGUUUCUUCAGAGAAGGUACAACUUCAGAGGACAAGGUGGCAACCAACAGCACGUCACGUUUUGAAUUCGACGCUGGUAUUGACAGCACUGCUACAAGAAAAGUGACAUGGCCCUUUCGCCGCAAAGAUGACAAGGUAGAGAGGCCGCAGCCAGCUCUGCGGCUCAAUUCCUCAUCGUCAACUUUGCUGCCUCCAGCCAUACCACGCGUCAUUGCUCGUGAGCCCAGCGAUGAUUUCGAUCUUCUGCCAGACUACGACGAUUCCGACGACGACGACGACACACGGGCAUUCCGUCGUUCACCUGCUACAUCCAACAAGAAGAAAAUGUAUCGCAAUGCGUUCAGUAUGUCCAACCUGAAAAAGUCGUGUUCGAACCUUGCGGCCUUGAAGAGCAAGAGUUCCCGCAUCUUCAACGGCAACAAGAGAACCUACUCAAGAUCGCCGCCACCACCACCCGUCCCCCAAAUCCCUGUCGACUUCACAAUCCCGCUGCCAACGCGUUACUCUUCUCUCCCACAACCACCACCGCCUCCACCGUCUCCACCACCACUCCUCAAACGCAGCAGCAACCGCCCACCACGCCCCACACUCAAAAAGACCAAAAGCAUUACAGGUCCCAUCUCCCACCCAACCCCCACAUCCCAAGACUCAGCCAUCCCCCUCCUCCUCAACCACCUCACCACCACCACUACCACCCCUUUCACCCGACGCAACAGGAGUCCCCCACAGCGCCCCCCGCGCCCCACCGACUCAUACAACGACACACUAAUGUACAUGCGCCACACCAACACCCGCAUGGUCCUCCCCGUUCGUCCUCGCCCAGACACCACCGUAUCCCCUUCUCCAUCUUCUCCAUCUCCUCCUUCUUCGUUGACUGCGUCAACAGCACGUCACGCCUCCGCCAUCAUCGCAUCCCGCCUCGGCAUCCCCACCGGCCACUCCACCCCCUCUGCUGCAUCCCUCUCCGCUCCGCUCGCAGCACGCAUCCCACCGCACCCCACUUUACCCCUUCCAGUGAGUAUCUCACACGCCAGCACGCGAUUUACUAGUCGCUUCAGCGAGUUUGUCGCGCAUUGCGAGCCAGAGGUCUAUGGCCUGCUUGGUGCUCGUCCUGGUGCAGUCGACGCCGUAGAGGUGUACCAGAAGGAAAUGCAGGAUGAGUGGGUGCUCGAGAGGUUGGUUAGUCGUGGGUCUGGGGCUGAGGCCGGGGGGAUGGUGUUUAGGGAUCGGAAGGGGGGGUUUCAUUUUGUAAAGAACUUGUGA